AAAAAAUUUAUUCUAUGCUAUGUAAGCGAGAAGAAUAAAGUUAAAUUCAUUUUUUAUUUUUUAGAUAUUAAAGAACAAACGGGAUCAUCCUCCAGAUGAUUUAUCUAAAGCAGGUGGAAAUCAAACCCAAUGCUUCCUCGACUAUCUAUUAAAGGGCGCGUCCCACGAUGGCAGCGGACUCACAGACGUUGAGAUACGAGACGAAAUCACGUUAUUUUUGCUAGCUGGAACCGAUACAUCUGCAAUUUCUAUUUGCAAUAUAUUGAAACUAUUAGGAAAAUAUCCAGACGUACAAGAGAAAAUACAUGCUGAAUUUUUAAGUGUCCUCGGUGAUUCCGACCGACCCUUGCACAAGAAUGACUUGAAAGAGCUCAAGUAUCUCAAUAGAGUGGUCAAAGAAUCACUACGGAUGUUUCCACCAGUUCCUAUUAUUGUAAGGAAGACUAUGAAAGAAAUAACAUUACCAUCAGGAACAACUCUCCCAAAUAAUACUGGAAUUAUUAUCUUUGUGUGGGGAGUCAACCGAGAUCCUACUUAUUGGGGUCCAAAUGCAAAUUCUUUUGAUCCUGACAGAUUUCUUACAACUAACAGUAAUUUAUUAGCUAGCUUUAGUCUUGGACCUCGGAAUUGUGUUGGAUACCAAUUUGCAUUUAUAGUGAUUAAAGUAGCGUUGGCUACAAUUCUACGGCGAUAUAAAGUAGUAGGCGAAAGGGAAGAUAGUGAUGUUCCUAAAAUAAAUAGUACAUUUUCCAUUAUGCUUAGAGAUAGGGAUGGCUAUGAAAUAAGUUUGGAGAAGCGAUAAUUUUAAUUUAAAUUUGAUACAGAGGAUUCCUGUCAUGUCAUAUUUUAUUUUAGACAAUCUGAAACCAAAAUCACGUUUGGAUUUUGGCCAUUGAUUGACAGCAUUGGAAUCUUAGAAUGCUGUUAUUAUUUAUUUCUUUCCUUCUUUAUUUAAUUGGUGUAAAUAAAACUUUCUAUUAUUACAUAAUAAAAUGUAAUCAAAAAUA